AUGAAGAACCUCCAAUUUCUAGGGGUUGCCACCAUUAUCUUCCUACUGCAUAAAACAACCGCUGACAUCAACGAUGACACCGAGUCUCUUCUUCAAUUCGCUUCAUUGGUCCCACAGGCAAAACCGCUAAACUGGAAAAAAACAAUCCCAAUAUGCAAAGAUUGGGAUGGCAUCACUUGUGACGAGGAGGGAACUAAAGUUACUGCCAUUAAUCUCCCUACUAGUGGACUAUACGGUCCAAUUCCGCCCAAUACCAUCGGAAAGUUGGAUUCCCUCAGAAUCUUGAGCCUGAGAUUCAAUUUCCUUAACGGGUCUCUCCCUUCUGAUAUCAUCUCCAAUCCCUCCCUCCAGAAUCUCUACCUUCAAAACAAUAACUUUUCUGGCAACAUCCCUAGUAUUGUUUCUCACAAAAUUAGAGUGUUAGAUCUUUCCUUCAAUUCCCUCACAGGAAACAUCCCGGAAACACUAAAAGAUCUCCCCCAACUCACCUUCCUCUACCUCCAAUUCAACUAUUUUUCGGGACCCGUUCCCGACUUCAUCCUCACCCGACUCCGUGAGCUAAACGUGAGCCAUAACCUACUCAGCGGUCCAAUCCCGAUUUCCCUCCAAACUUUCGAGAAUUCUUCAUUUUCCGGGAAUGAGCUCUUAUGUGGGCCCCCGUUGAAUCAAUGCCCCGCAUCCACGGCCUUACACCCAAAAAAACUCACGACCGGUGCCAUCCUAGCCAUUGCUAUCGGAUCCUUUUUAUUCGUCGCAAUACUUUUGUGUUGUUUCUUGAAGAAGAACGAUCGAGAUCGGUUGGUGAAUUGA